CUCCUCCGUCAGCUGCUCUUCCGGUACACGGAGCUGUGAGGUCUGUCACCCCGACCAGUAUCAGCUGAGAGCUCCGCGACAAGUCUACAACAGCAGGGAGGAAACAACAGAGACAAGCCGAGAGAGGGAGAAACACAGGACCCCCCCUACGGAAACAAGAUUUUGGUUGACUUGCAUGGUGGGCACGUCCUCCCUUGAUCACCAUGGGGGAACUCUUUAGAAGUGAAGAGAUGACGCUGGCUCAGCUCUUCCUGCAGUCAGAGGCUGCCUACUGCUGUGUCAGCGAACUGGGAGAGAUUGGAAUGGUGCAAUUUCGUGAUCUAAAUCCAGAUGUGAACGUGUUCCAGCGCAAAUUUGUCAAUGAGGUUCGGCGAUGUGAGGAGAUGGAUCGCAAGCUGAGGUUUGUGGAGAAGGAGAUCAAGAAGGCCAACAUCCCUAUAGUUGACACAGGAGAAAACCCUGAAGUCCCCUUCCCAAGGGACAUGAUUGACCUGGAGGCCACAUUUGAAAAGCUUGAGAAUGAGCUGAAGGAGAUAAACACUAACCAAGAAGCCCUGAAGAAGAACUUCCUGGAGCUGACUGAGCUAAAGCACAUCCUGCGCCGCACACAGCAGUUUUUUGAUGAGAUGGAAGACCCCAGUCUGUUGGAGGAGUCAUCCACUCUCCUGGACCCCAAUGAGGUUAACCGAGCUCCCCUUAGACUAGGAUUUGUAGCUGGCGUGAUUGGCCGGGAACGUAUUCCCACAUUCGAGAGGAUGUUGUGGAGAGUUUGCCGUGGAAAUGUCUUCCUGAGGCAGGCGGACAUUGAGGAUCCUCUGGAGGACCCGGCUACAGGCGACCAGGUCUACAAGUCUGUCUUCAUCAUCUUCUUCCAGGGGGACCAGCUGAAGAAUCGAGUCAAAAAGAUAUGUGAAGGGUUCAGAGCAUCCUUGUAUCCAUGCCCAGAAACACCACAGGAGAGGAAAGAGAUGGCAGCAGGAGUUAACGCACGCAUUGAGGAUCUCCAAAUGGUGCUGAACCAGACGGAGGACCACAGGCAAAGGGUUCUGCAGGCUGCAGCCAAGACAGUCAGAGUGUGGUUCAUCAAGGUGCGGAAGAUGAAGGCCAUCUACCACACCCUAAACCUGUGCAACAUUGAUGUCACUCAGAAAUGUCUGAUCGCUGAAGUCUGGUGCCCAGUCUCCGAUCUGGACUCCAUUCAGUUUGCCUUGCGCAGGGGGACGGAGAAGAGCGGCUCCACUGUGCCCUCCAUUCUCAACAGGAUGCAGACCAAACAGACACCGCCCACCUACAACAAGACGAACAAGUUCACCUCUGGCUUUCAAAACAUUGUGGAUGCUUAUGGAAUUGGCAACUACAGGGAGAUUAACCCAGCACCAUACACCAUCAUCACCUUCCCCUUCCUGUUUGCUGUUAUGUUUGGUGACCUGGGCCAUGGGGUGCUCAUGACCUGUGCUGCCCUCUAUCUGGUGCUGAGAGAGAGCAGAUUGAUGUCCCAGAAGAAUGAUAAUGAGAUGUUCAGCAUGGUGUUCGCAGGGCGGUACAUCAUCCUGCUGAUGGGAAUCUUCUCAAUCUACACGGGCAUCAUCUACAAUGACUGCUUCUCCAAAUCUCUCAAUAUGUUUGGCUCCGGCUGGAGUGUUAAACCCAUGUUCAACGCUCGAGUUGGAGGCAACUGGACGUUUGACACGCUCAAAGACAACAGAGUUCUGCAGUUGGACCCAGUAAUAGAUGGAGUGUUCAAUGGACCAUACCCCAUUGGCAUUGAUCCGAUAUGGAACAUUGCCACCAACAAGCUGACGUUCCUGAACUCCUUCAAAAUGAAGAUGUCUAUCAUCCUGGGUGUCAUCCACAUGCUGUUUGGAGUCACUCUCAGUCUCUUCAACCACCUGUAUUUCAAGAAGCCUCUGAACAUCUACCUUGGGUUUAUCCCCGAGAUAGUCUUCUUGUCCAGCCUGUUCGGCUACCUGGUCAUUCUGGUCUUCUAUAAGUGGUUGUCGUAUGACGCCCGCACGUCCAAGGAUGCUCCGAGUUUGCUCAUUGCCUUCAUCAACAUGUUCCUUUUUAACUACAGUGACCCCAGUAACAAACCUCUCUAUAGAGGACAGAUGGGCGUACAGUCUUUGCUGGUGAUAAUUGCCUUGGCAUGUGUUCCUUGUAUGUUAAUUGUGAAAACACUGGUUCUGCGGAGACAAUACCUCUGGCAGAAAAACAUGGGCACACAGAACUUCGGAGGGAUCCGGGUGGGCAAUGGGCCAACAGAGGAUGAGGCUGAGAUUAUUCAACAUGACCAGCUCUCACAGAGCUGCGAGGAUGAACCUGAGGCCCACGAGGAGGAAGAGUUUAACUUUGGGGAUGUGGCAGUGCACCAGGCUAUCCACACCAUAGAGUACUGCCUGGGCUGUAUCUCUAACACAGCUUCCUAUCUGAGGCUAUGGGCCCUCAGUCUGGCCCAUGCACAGUUGUCAGAGGUGCUGUGGGCCAUGGUGAUGCGCAUUGGCCUUUCCACAAAAACCUUUGGAGGCUUCAUUCUUCUCUGCCUAGUCUUUGCCUGCUUUGCCGUUCUCACAGUUGCCAUUCUUCUCAUUAUGGAAGGCCUGUCUGCCUUCCUGCACGCACUGCGUCUGCACUGGGUGGAAUUUCAGAACAAGUUCUACUCAGGCCAGGGCUUCAAGUUCCUCCCCUUCACCUUUGAAAGCAUCUUGGAGGGAAAGUUUGAGGACUGAGCACUGCCCACUCGUCUUCUUCCAUUAAUGUCACUCGUCUCUUAAGAAUUUGUGUUGUUGAGUAGUCAUUUUUGUGUGAUGUAGUGCCCAUCCUUCCAGGUGUUACCACAGCUUUAUGAGCUUUAUCAAGUUCCCAAUAAUCAUCUUUUGUCAAACUGCCAUUUGCUCUAAACCUCUCAGUGUAUAUAGAAUUUGUCCCAUUUGAAUCUGGAACAUCUACACGGAAAUGAAUAUAAUACCCAGCUAUCCUUUUAAGUUCUGCAUAUACCUAUUUGUUCAUUCCUCAGAAAAAUAACCUUGUUUGUAAUCUGUUUUGUGAUAGAACAGUCGUUUUUAUUUUAUUCUCCUUUUUCCCCAUGUUUAAUAUUAUUUAUGCAGUCUUAUUCUUUUUUUUUUUUUGUCCUUCAUCCUCAGUGUGAGAGUUGCACUACUGGUCAUUAUCAGUGAGGUCUACUUUGCCUCAGUAACGACUGCAAUCUCCCUGUUGAUUCACGUUGAUAGACGAUCAAGUCAAAGCAGAUUCAGACACAGGACCGAGUGUGUACUUAAUUUCUUAAUGUCUGUCCACAUUGCCGUAACCAGGUUGUCCUUUUGUCUCUGUGUCUUGGCAUGGUUUUUUAACAACUGCCAACAUGUCAUUCACACAGCCGCACAAUUGUUUGAUUUCAUGCAUACACACACACACACACCCCUUUAUUGAAUCUGUAUCCAAACUACAGAGAUAUGCUGUAAAGGUCCAAAGGGAAUAAAUUCUAACCUAUUAUUCCAUCAACAUGUCAGGCGGUUCUGUGAGAACAAAAGCUGAGUUUAUCCUGCAUCGUACUCUUAAGUUUCCACGAAAGACCUUUGUACUGACUGAUCGGUUUUCAACAUAAUAUGCAGUGAACGAUAGUGAAUCUGUCUCUCACAUGUGGUCUGGAUAGUCUGAUAUUAGUGUACAUUAACUUAUGAAACAUCUGGAUUUUCUGUGAUAAUCCAGAUGAUUUAGAUGAUCCGAGUCUUGUUGAUUGUUGUUUAUAAGGGUGAUUUCAAUUUUAUGUAAAGGUUUACAAUGUUAUUGACCCAUUUAGAAGGGACAGAGAAGGGCGGACCACAGCAGAGAUUAACAAAAAACUAUAAUCAGCCCCAUGUACAUUCAUGACCAUCUUCUUUAAUUGUGCAUCUCUGUCAAUAAAGUGGAAAGACAUGGACAAA